AUGGGAGGAUCACAGAGUCGCGAAGGCUUAGAUCUCUCAGACUACGAAGACGACGACGAAGAAGAAGAGCACAGCGAAGACCAAAACGACGACGCUCAAGACCACGACGACGAUCGACACCAAUCCAAGCCCCAGACCUCUUUCGGAUCCAAAACCCUAGACGAUCUGGACUCCAAGCUCAAAGCCCUCAAGCUCAAAUACCCUUCUUCUCAAAACCCUAAUUCCAAGUACUCCGUCAAGCUCUACCUCCAUGUCGGUGGCAACACUCCCAAAGCCAAAUGGGUCGUCUCCGAUAAACUCACUUCCUAUCAAUUUGUCAAGAAAAACGAUGAUUAUGAUGAUGAUGAAGAAGAAGAUGGGUCUGGCCGUGGAGGUGAGAAUUGUUGGGUUUUGAAAGUGGGUUUGAAGAUUCGAGCUAGGGUUUCGACCGAUAUGCAAUUGAAGAUGUUUGGUGAUCAGCGACGGGUCGAUUUCGUGUGGAAUGGAGUUUGGGCGUUGAAGUUUUUUGGGGAUGAAGAGUAUCGGAGUUUCGUGACUGAAUUUCAGGAUUGUUUGUUUGAGAAUGUGUAUGGAUUGAAGGCAAUUGAUGAGAACAAGGUUAAGAUUUAUGGUAAGGAAUUCAUGGGGUGGGUGAAGCCGGAAUCGGCGGACGAUUCGAUGUGGGAAGAUGCCGAUGAUGGAGUGUGGAAGAGCCCGGAAAAAACGUCGGUGAGGGCCAGUCAGGAUUUGCUUGAGGAAUUUGAGGAGGCAGCGACCGGAGGAGGGAUACAGAGCUUGGCUUUGGGAGCAUUGGAUAAUAGUUUCUUGGUGAAUGAUUCGGGUGUUCAGGUUGUGAAGAAUUUUAGCCAUGGAAUUCAUGGUAAAGGUGUGUAUGUGAAAUUCGACAAUGGGGGUCAGAUGGGUAGUUCUAGCGCAGCGAAAUCGACUCCAAAGAAGGCGCUUUUGAUGAGAGAGCUGCCAGCUGAUAUAGAUCAUGAUGUUGUGUCCAGGGUCCCAAAACUCAUGGGCAAUUGGAAAUAUUUGGAGUUUUUACGGUUUGGAACCACCUUUAAAAUGGAAGAAAUUCUUACCCAAAUCAGCAUUCACUGCAAAAACUUUGCUGGUUUCUCUACUUUUCAUGCUGAUAUUAACAAAGAUGAAGCCACAUCUAUUGUCACCUCAGUUCUAAACAUAGAGUAUUUGGGGUUAAGGUAUUCAAACAUUGAUCGAGAGAGUCUAUUGUUGAUUUUGAAGGGCUACAAAAAACUUGUAUAUUUUGAUGUAAGGAACUGCAAAGGUUUUGACCUCGGUGAUGAUGAGAUUUUGAAGCUUGCUUCUCAUAUCAAAACAUUCGAGGAUGAGGGGUUGCAUUUGACAACAUAA